AUGGAAACCGAAGCGUUUCCUUAUAGGUUCUAUAGGGGCAUAAGGCUGUACUGGCGCAGGAGGAAGUAUCAAAGGGUGGAUGGUUCGGGCUCGGGCUCCGGGAAGAAGGCUGCGAGGGCGACGAGAUUUGGGUCGAGUCGGGGAGCGAACCGCCGGUUCUGGAGGAUCCGCCGAGUUUUCAGGAUCCGGAUUAAGAUCCCGUCGCCGGUCCGGCUGAUGGCCCGGCUCAGGGACGCGUACGUUAACGUCAUGCUGGGGCUGGCCGGGAAGGAGUCGGCCUGGGCGCUCCCCAACGGACCGGAGGCUCUCUGGGCCAAACGGAUCCCCAAGCGCCGGCCGGUCCGACUCGAGCCGGGCACCUACUUUGAGCAGAGGCUCAUACUGGAGAUCUACAGGUCCUUAGCGGCUUCCGGGGAGCUGGCCGCCUUUUGA